AUGCUUGCUACUGACUCCGCGAACACUCCAGCGUGCACACAAGCGCAGGCGCAGGCUAUAAUAUCUGCUCGGCCAUUCGAAGAUGAAGACCAACUUCGCAGUAAGUUGAAUAGAAAGAAGGGCGUCAGUCCUCGUUUCUUUGAUGAUUACGUGGCAAUGCUUCGCGGGUAUGACAGCGUCGACGUGAUCGUGGAGAGAUGCGAGUUGGUAGCCAAGCAAAUUUCUGACAUCCUCGCCGUCUGGGCGUCCGCUUCAUCGGAUAGCCCCGCCGAAGCGCCUUCCACGUCUACGGCGAUGAACUCGGCGCCUGGGACAGGGAUUUCAUUAGGUGACGUCAAACUCAAGGACUAUCAGCUUCUUGGAGUCAACUGGCUCAAUUUGCUGCAUCGGAGAAAGCUGAGCUGUAUCCUUGCUGACGAAAUGGGGCUUGGAAAAACGGCUCAGGUAAUCUCCUUUUUUGCCCAUCUCAGCGAACAGUGUAACAAAGGGCCGCAUUUGGUGAUAGUCCCGAGUUCCACGCUCGAGAACUGGGGUCGUGAGUUUGCGAAGUUUGCACCAUCGCUUGAGGUGCGGACGUACUAUGGCAUGCAGAAUGACCGAGCCUACCAGCGAGCAGAGCUUAUAGCUGAUAGCGGGGAAUGGAAUGUAUGCAUCACGACAUACAAUAUCGCACAGGGGAACGACGUCGACCGUAAAUUCUUGAAACGCAUAGAAUGGGAGUGUUGUGUGUUCGAUGAGGGACAUCAGCUUAAGAAUUUUGAGUCUCAGCGUUACCAGCAGCUUCUCAAGAUACCUUCGAAAUGGCGGUUAUUGUUAACAGGCACUCCCUUACAGAACAAUCUUCAAGAACUCGUGUCGUUAAUGAAUUUUCUCCUGCCUGAUUACUUUAGAGAUGCGCUGGAUUCACUACGUGCCAUCUUCAAAGUCCGGCAGUCAUCUCACACCAGCUUGCUAUCCGAGGACCGUGUGCGUCGGGCCAGCAAGAUCCUCACACCCUUCAUCCUACGCCGACGAAAGGAUCAAGUGCUCCAGGAUCUGCCGAACAAAACCGAGCGCAUUGAGUGGUGUCAGAUGACGAACCUUCAGCAGGAAAUAUACAAUGAGGCCCUGCAGCGGUCCCGGAAAAUGCUGGAAGAGCUACCAGAAGAUGAAAAGGCUCUUUUGGCGGUGGUAGACCUUGAUGAUGCCGACAAUGAGGAGAACGCGAAGAAGACAAAGGCCAAGUCGAAAAAGAAGUCCACUGCCAACUCCAGCGCUCACGUUCUUAUGGAUUUACGUAAAGCCGCAUGUCAUCCAAUGCUGUUCCGUCGGCGCUUCAACGAUAAGACUCUGGCACGUAUGGCUAAACAGUGCCUUGCGGAACCUGAAUUUCACGACAGCGAAUAUGCGUUUGUCUUGGAAGAUAUGCAAGUCAUGACUGACGCGGAGCUGCAGCAUUUCUGCAAGACAUACAAGGCACGUAGCUCCGUUCGCAGUAACGCUCUCGCCAAUGACGUUUUCCUAGAAGCAGGAAAGAUAUCCCGUUUGUUACCGCUCUUGGACAAGUACAAGUCGGAAGGAAAGCGAGUUCUUAUCUUCUCCCAAUUCACACAAGUACUCGAUAUACUGCAAGCUAUCUUUAAACACAGGGAUAUCAAAUACCUAAUCCUUACUGGUCGAACACCCGUCGCCGAACGUCAAGGUCUCGUUGAUACGUUCACCGAAGAUGAAUCCAUUCCUGUGUUCCUUCUAUCGACCAAAGCUGGUGGAAUGGGAAUCAACCUUACGGCUGCUUGCGUCGUUAUCAUCUUCGAUCAAGACUUCAAUCCGCACAAUGACAAGCAGGCAUGUGAUCGUGCAUAUCGGAUCGGACAAAAGAGAGAUGUAGAAGUGGUCAAGCUGAUCACUCGAAACACCAUCGAGGAAAACAUGCUUCAACUUGGAAAAGUUAAACUUGACUUAGACGAUGCCGUCGCUGCCGGAGAGGAUGAAAGCGGCGGGUCGGAGAAAGCUAUGAAGGCAUCGUUAUUGAGCAUUCUCCGCAGACAGUUCAGUGAACAGGAGAAGGAAGCUCUUCCAGCUGAUUCACCAAUGCAAGUAGAUCUUUGA